AUGUCCGGAAUAGGUGAAAUACCUAAAGGUAAAGGACCAGUGGUUGACGAGGCAAUGCAGCCAAAAGGUAAACCAGGAAAAAUAGCAAAUGAUUAUGUUAUUGAAACUAAAACAAAUCCGAAUUUAUCAGCUCAAGCUACAUACAUACCUGAUAACCCCACAGUUACCCUUAGUAAAGCCGAAACUGCAGACAACAAUACGGGAACUUCGAAUUCUGCUGGAAUUAUUUUCGGUAUUAUGGUUGCACUUGUUAUUGUAAUAGGCGUCAUAGCCAUGUUCAUACGGAAAAAACUUCCUGAAUUACGCAAAAAUAAAUCGAGUGGAGCGAGAUCUUUACAAAGAACUUCCCCUACGAAUGAAAAAGAUGAUUUAGUUAAUACAAAUCAUUAUGAUUCUAGUACUUCCAGUAGAGAACCUCAGAAAAACGAUACGACGGACAAUUAUAAUACGUCGCUACAAAUUCCAAUGAUGUCACAACCUCAAAAUCCUCCACAAUUAUAUUCAAAUCCGAACAAUUAUUCAUAUGAUUAUCAACCCAGACCUUCGCAUUAUCCUCCAGGACAUGGCUUUGUAUAUACGGAUCCCGCAAUUCCAAAUCUUUAUCAAAGAAAUCAAUCACCACCACCAAUAAAUGAAGUUUAUUAUAAUAGAGUAAUCACGCCCCCACCACCAAAUCCCGCAUCACCAAAUCGAUCUAAUUAUAGCAAAUAUGAUCGAAUAAUGAAUAAAUCUUUGCCUUCUGUACCAUAA